AAAGAAUAUACCUAUACACAGUGUUGAUCAUUAAUAUCAAUGAUAUAUGUAUAUAUAUAUAAAUAGAAUAUUAACUGUACAAAUGAUUAUUUCUUUCAAAUUUAGUCAUAUAUCAAUAUGAUUAUAAUUGGAAAUUUAUUUGAUUGAUACCAUAGUUACAAUCAUUGUUUAUUAUAAUAAGUAGUAUAUAAUAUUUUAAUCUAAACAUCUAGUUCAAAUCAAUUAAAAACAAUGUCAGUUAUUAAUUCAUUGUGAAAACUAUUAUUAUUAAUGCAAACAAUGAGUCAACAACCUAACAAAGAAUGAGAAGAUGGAGUUGAUCUACAAAACUGUGAUGUACUUACGUGAUACAUUUCCAACAAUCUGAUCACACAUAUACUUGUCAGGAUAUUCUAUAUGAAAAUUAAUAAAGGUCAACUAAAUAAAAGUUCAAGAAAAAAGGAACAAAAGGGAAGAGAAACAAUUUUACACCAUAUAAAAGUAUUAGAAAUUGUAGCGUUAUCAUAGGCCAUAGAAUGACUUAAGGAUUAUCAAGUUUUUAAUAACACGUUUACCUGAGAAAAUCAUGCUGCAAAUUUUUUCGCAUUUAAGUCAUCCAGAAUUGUGUAAUAUUGCACGUGUUUGCAAAAUGUGGCGUCGGUUAGCAUAUGAUCAUUCACUGUGGCAGUCACUUAAUUUACGACCUGAAUAUGGUGGAAUAUUUGUAAGGUCAAUUGAUGAGCUAUUAAAUCUCAUUCAUCAUAGGUCUGGAAGUGGGUUAAGGUGUAUUGAAUUAUCCAGCGAUCUAGUCACUAUACCAGUUUUAGAGGAACUUGGAAAUCGAUGUCCAAAUCUUCGCUAUUUAACUCUAGAUUUUUCAAAUGCUAUGCAACUACAUGAUUUCAACGAAUUGGCUUCAUUCCCUUCAUCAAUUAAAUAUUUAUGUAUUUGUUUAAGUGAUGUGAUAUUUAUGGAAGGUUUAAUGAGAAAAAUCUAUUCAUGUUUAUCAGCGGUUGAAAUUUUGCACUUAAUUGGAACAUUUGAAUUAGCCACAGAGGAAGAAGAAGAAAUUUAUGAAGUCAUCAAUAUAAGUAAAAUUAAGGCCCAUACACCUAAUUUACGUGUUAUCAAUUUAUUUGGUAUCAACUUCAUUGAAGAUAGUCAUGUGGAAUUAUUAGCCAGUAAUUGUAUUCAUUUAGAAUGUGUCGCGCUUAAUUUUUGUUUAAAUGUCAAGGGUUCAUCAUUUACAUUAUUGAUCGCAAAUUGUAAAAAGUUGACAACCCUACUUCUAGAACAUUGUGGUCUCAAAGAUGAAUUUAUGAUGGAUGUACCAUGGGAAAAUUCAGGAAUCUGUGAACUUGAUAUAACAUCUACAGAAUUAUCUGCUGAAUGCCUUGAAAACUUCUUAACACGUAUACCAUAUUUUACUUAUUUGGCAGCAGGUCAUACAGAUUUUUUUACUGAUCAUAUAUUGAAUACACUUUGCGACAGUGGUAAAUUUAAGCAAGUCAAAGCUAUUGAUUUGAGUCAUACACCGGCACUUAACGAACAGUCCAUAACAAAUCUUCUUAAGCUUCAUGGUCAUCAGUUACAUGGUCUUAUGCUACAUGGAAAAGCUACUUUAGCUGAAUAUUUUUGGACUACUGUGAUUCCAUAUCUUGGUGCGAUAAAGGUUUGUGUACUUGGAGCAUCACAUGGUUGGUUUUAUAAAUACAACACACGAGUUCAUAUUGAUAAAAUUCUGGAAAGUUUUGCCGGAUAUUGUCCAAAUUUAGAAGCAUUAGAAAUACAAUGGGAUCCAGAUACUAUUCGUUUUAGUGAUAAAAGUAGAAAAUUCAUUGAUCGAAUUAGAAUCAAAUGUCCUCGACUGAAGUCUUUAACUCUUAGUGAUGGGAAGUACUACGAAAUGGUUAAAGGAAAUUUCGAAAGAGCAGAAUGUCCUAGAGUAGUACGCACUACAACUACGUAUAUUACAAGUAUUAUUAGCUUACUGAAACGUUAUAAGGAUUUGAGAUUUAAUUAAUUCUAUAAAAAUUACAUGUAAUCGCUCUUUUAGGUUUUAUACAAUUCACAGAAAUAAUCAGGUGAAAGAAUAUUCGAAAUAAAAAUAAUAAAUUGCAGAUAAUCACUUGAAAUGUCAAAUUGAUGUGCGAGAAAAUCACAAGUCCUAUAGUGCUGCCAAUAAAAUAACAUCCAAAUUUGUAUGUUGUUAAUUUGCCAAUACUUUUUGAAAUCUGCUAUUGUCAAACAAACAGAAAUACACAAUCAUACUUUAUAGAAAAUAUGAUUUUGCCUUUUUUAUUUUAGUUUUAACUCCAUGUAAUAUUUUCCUUCAAAAGUAAUUGUCAUUUGAUAUUUAGUGAGAGUAUGCUUUAAAUACGUUUAACGUCAAAGAACAUUUAAUAAUACAAGUUUGUCUUUUAGAUAGUAAAAAUAUUUUCUCAUCUUCAUAAAAUCAUAAAUACUAACCUUUCAGUGCAGGGUUGUGGAUCUUGUUUAUUCAUCAAAAUCUGUCAUGUGUACACCUUAUAUGACGAUGAACCUAUGAUUUUUACACUCGAGAAAUCGUGAUUAGUUCUUGUAUCGGUAUAUUAAGUUUUUUGUUGAUCCUAGAUGAAUUCGCUACUAUUCA